GCCAGUGGCAUCGACGAGGUACAGCAUCAAGGAGAUGAGACUCGGGCUAAAGGAGGAAGAAGAACUGGGGAGGGUUUGCUACUACAAGGAGCAGGUGGUGGCUUACAACCUUUCCUAUGCCAAUCACACAGUCAGUAUCAGUGUGACAGUUGUGUGGCUAAACAUGUCAUCCAAAACUAUACUCCAAAGACAUCAACAUCUUCAACCGCUGUUGCCUGGUUAGGGAGUUGGGUCUCAUUCUCUCUAUUAAAGAUAUUUGAUAGCCUCGGUUUGGGAUGCAUCGACAGCCUUCUCUCUUCCACAAAACCUCUCAACCUCCAGAAUUAACAACAAGACUUCAAUGGUGACUGCCCAACCAUCUCGCAACCAAGAAACCCUCUCUAAACUGAAGCAUUCCCAACAAUACUGUAGCUAUGGUUUGACUAUCUUCUUCGAAUCAAUGCUGAGAUGUGAAGCUUGGAGUUGCGUAAGCAAUCUAAUCUCUCUCAAUAUGUGGAAAGGGUUGCUCACACGUAGGCAACAUUGACUCACUUGACAGUGUCAACCAUCAUCUACGUCAGCCUGAGGGUGAUAUUCGAUUUUGAUGACUCAUCUCGCAUCGAUAUGAUUAUCUAUUUUCUAAAGGAAAAGAAAACUUGAUUUCCUAAGAAAAGAUGGUUUUAUUAUGAGGUGCAUAAAUUGUGAACUUGAUCAUCUACAUGAUUCCAGAAUUUACAUGGCUUACCAAGAAAACUUGGAAAUGGGUGGUUCUCAAUUAAAGCUAAAGAACUGGAGCUGUAGGAAACUACUACAACCUUUGACAGGCAAUGCAUGAACCCUCACUUGUGUUUGACAACCUUCCCAAUGCCACAUAAAGUAUCCAUCCUCUCGACACCAUUUUCAUGCCUCGUUAGCCUCACCCACCCCAUCUUCAUCGCUUCCUUUGCUGCCCCACAGGAUUCUUCGCUCUACUGGUCAGAUCAGGAUUCCCUUUUCCUAGUACAGUGUCCAGCGAUUGGCCUUAAAGAAGGCCGAUAUGUGAGCUUUUCAGGUUCCUACCAACAUUUAAUCUGUGGUGAUUCUUAGUCAUACCAAUCGAACGGCUGGAGACGAAGGAAGGCAAGCCAAGGAACUCCCUACCUGCUCCCCCCGUCCCCUAUAUGUACCGUUGAUCUCGGCAGUGGUGCCAUCAGAACGAACGGACUUCAACUAGAGGUCGACAUCAUGAACUCCGGCAACCAAACCACCCUCUUCUCCUACAGCUUCAAUGCUUCCACCACCGCUAAUGUGGAGAUGGCUCGGAUCUUGACGGAGAUCCAGGUCUUGGAGCUCCUCUUUGCCAUCUCCAUAUUUGUGACCAUCCACUCGCUGAGGCAAGGGACGGUUCGUGGCCUUGCGGUGUGGCCGGUGGUCGGCAUGUUGCCGUCCCUCCUCCUUGGCCUUCGCAAAGACAUCUACGAGUGGAUCACCGGCAUGAUCGACCGUCAGGGCGGCACGUUCAUCUUCUGCGGCCCGUGGUUCACCAACCUUCACUGUGUCAUCACCGCAGACCCUCGAAACUUGGAGCACAUGCUCAAGACCAAGUUCUCUAACUAUCCCAAGGGCGAGUACUUCCGCGACACGCUCCGGGAUCUCCUGGGCGACGGCAUCUUCAACGCCGACGACGAGACCUGGCGCGGGCAGCGCAAGACCGCCAGCCUCGAGUUUCACUCCUCGGCGUUCCGGUCCAUGACGGUGCAAUCCCUGUUGGAGCUCGUCCACUCGAGGCUCCUCCCGGUGCUGGCGGAGGCCCACGAGCACCGGAAGCCUUUCGAUCUCCAGGACGUGCUCCUGCGACUGACCUUCGAUAAUGUGUGCAUGAUCGCCUUCGGCACCGACCCGGGCUGCCUGCGCCCGGGGCUGCCAGAGAUACCUUUCGCCAAGGCCUUCGAGAACGCCACCGAGGCAGCCACCAUACGCUUCCUGACUCCGACGUCCAUAUGGAAAGCUUUCCGCUACCUCGACUUCGGGAUCGAGCGAUGCCUCCGGCAGUCCAUAUACCGCGUAGACGAGUUCGCCUACGAGGUGAUCCGGAGGAGGAAGAAGGAGCUCGCAUCGGGCGAGCCAGAAAAGGCAACCAGAUCCGACAUUCUGACGUCGUUCACGAAGCUAAGUGACGAAACCGGGAACCCAUACUCCGACAAGUUCUUGAGAGACAUAUGCGUCAACUUCAUACUCGCCGGCCGCGACACCUCGUCGGUGGCCUUGGCCUGGUUCUUCUGGCUGCUGAGCCAGCACCAGGAGGUGGAGGACAGAAUCCUCAAAGAACUAAGGGAGAUAAUAGCUGAGAGGGAAGGGGAAGGAGAAGGAGAAGGUGAGUUGGUGUUCAAGCCAGAGGAAGUGAAGAAAAUGGAGUAUCUGCAUGCAGCCUUGAGGGAGUCUCUCAGACUGUAUCCUUCAGUGCCAGUGGACCACAAGGAGGUUGUGGAAGACGAUGUGUUCCCUGAUGGCACGGUGGUGAAGAAAGGAACAAAGGUGCUCUACGCGGUCUACGCCAUGGGAAGACUGGAGAGUAUAUGGGGGAAGGACUGCAGGGACUACAAGCCGGAGCGGUGGCUCAGGAAUGGGCGCUUGGUGAGCGAGUCAGCGUACAAGUUCCCGGCGUUCAACGGGGGGCUGCGGCUGUGCCUGGGGCGGGACUUCGCCUACUACCAGAUGAAGUUCGUCGCCGCAUCCAUCCUGCACCGCUACCGGGUGGAGGUGGCGGCCGACCACCCCGUGGAGCCCAAGAUAGCGCUCACCUUGUACAUGAAGCACGGCCUGCUGGUCACCCUCCGCCAGAGAGACGAAGCUUAGCUCCCCGAGAAGUAAAAGAGUGGAGAAGACGAAUUAAGCCAAGCUAAUGGCGUGGCAGCUGUGCAAGUGUGAAAAGUAUGUCGUAGUAUUGGUGUGUUUCUGUGCGAUCGAUAUUCGAAGCGUGCAAGUAUGAAAAGUAUGCUGUAGUAUCCCAAGAUUGGAGUGACCGUGAUAGCAAGAAGUAUAUCAUAUCUUUAAUGUCUGUACUUUUAUUUAAUAUCUAUCUAUCUAUCCUCAUUCAAACAAA